AUUAGAUUUCAUUUAGUGAGAUAUGAACAGGCUAUACGAUACAGUAGAACCAACUGUUAUCGAUGAAGACUUACUGAAACAGUGCAUUGAGGAGCAAGGAACAGCCAGCGAGGCUGGUAGAAUUGCCAAGAAAGAGGGUCUGGAUUUUAGUGAGGUGGAAAGUUUACGACUCGAUUUCAAGAAUAUUUUAAAGAUAGACAACUUAUGGUUCUUUACCAAUCUGGUGAAACUGAACUUGGAUAACAAUAUAAUUGAGAAGAUUCAGAACCUGGACUCACUUAUUCAUCUGGAAUGGUUAGAUUUAUCGUUCAACAAUAUUGAAAAGAUCGAGGGCUUGGAAAAACUUACCAAGCUGAAGGAUUUGACGCUUUACAACAAUCAGAUCACUGUCCUUGAAAACAUGGACAAACUUGUGAACUUGCAUGUUUUUAGCAUCGGAAACAAUAACCUUUCUCAAAUUGAUAACGUAGUCUAUCUGAGAAGAUUCCGUGAACUGUCCUGUCUGAAUGUCGCUGGAAAUCCGUUUGCGGAAGGUGACUACAAGUCAUAUGUUGUGGCCCAUCUACCCUCAAUUACUUAUCUCGACUUCAGACUUGUUUCCGGUCAUAUGCGAGAAGAAGCUAUAACUCAGUACCAGGAUGCUAUAGAUGUUAUCGAGCACAACGAGAGAGACGAUCAGAAGAAGCAAGAGAAAGAAAUCUCUCGAAUCGCUGAGGAAAAGGAACUCAGGGAAGCAUUUGUUGACGGUCUCAUGGGUGGUCAGCUCUUUGACGACCUCUUCCUCGAGGAUGUUGACGGUCCAAAACUAAACCAGCUCCCACAAAUGAUAGAAGCAUACGAGCUCUACAAGUCCAAAUUCUGUAAGAUUUGUGAGGAGCUGGUGACCUUUGGCCUGAAGGAAGCUCAGAAUAGAGCACGUGAGAGGAGUCUGUUCCAGUCUGCUGUUAACAAGGCCAAAGAGGCCGAUAAGGUGCAGGGUGUGGCUGGCAUUAACGAGUUUCUAGCUUACAAAAAGAAGGUGUUGACUGAACUAGGUCAAGUGAGUGAUGCUAGAGUUAUUGAUGCCAAAAUCUCAGAGCUACAGGAGGAACUGAACACUGUGUGGGAUACACUGAUGGGAUACGAAUUACAGCUCGCAGAACAGCUAGAGGAGGUAAAUAAAGAUUUCGAGAGGACAAUGAGCGACAUGUCCGGAACAUUCACGGAAAUAGUUCAGAACUACUUCACUCAGUGCAGAGAGCUGGAGCUGAUGCACCACGACAAGUUAACAGAGACAGCGCUGCUCAUCAUGGAGAAAGUGGUGAAGAACGAGCUGGAAGAAGAGCUACCAGAAGAUCUCAGAUUGCUGUUUGUUGACAAAGAUACGAUUACAAACGCUGUUAAUACGUCCCAUGACUUACACAACCAGAGAAUUGACAACAAGGAGGAUGAUAUAGUGACCCGGGUAGGGAACAGCAAAGAGAGCUACAACGCCCGAAUUAGCGAGGGAGAGGUGCAGAGGAACCGACACAGAGUAGCAGAGAUAAAUCACUUCUUGGAGAACAUUCGAGACGAACUGGAACAGUAUGAGAACCUAGACAGAUAGGCUGGGAGGUACUGAGGGGACUGUUUCAGGGUCUCUCAGGAGAUCAGAUUUGAGGGUGAGAUUUGAGAGAAAGUUUUGAACGGCACCUCGUUAGGGUUCAGAGGGAGGGAAGAUUGGAAGUAAAGUUCCCUUAGUGUUAGAGGUGCAGAACAAUGAACCAGAUUAAGACUUUAGAAAUAUAAGUGAAAAGAUUCCUGCGUCGAUAAAACCGAAGACGUUUCAUUUCUUGUGUUACAGUUUUACCACUUUUUACUGUUCGCAGUUGCGAAACUGUGAGAAUUUUCAUAAAAUGUUAUAGUCACUGUUAAUGAUGUACAUGUUUUAUGAGUAUUUACAAUUCUCUUGGACACAGCAUUAUGUCUGGAAUUUAA